CCCCCAAGCUUGGUUGCCGCCUACAAUCUCACCCAGCCAGGUGACAGUUGACGAACGACACCACCACUUUCAAGAUAACUCAGCAUCAUUCCACAGCAACAAUUCUAAAGGAAUUCUUUUUGUCCAUAAUCAGCAAAAAAAGACUUUAAUUUCCCGCUUCCGGCGCGAGGACAUCGAUGACACGAGUUUGUGACGUUGACCAGCACGCACAAGUCACAAGAAGACAACAGAAGUGCGACGUCGACGGAAGAUCGACUCUCCUUUUAAUUUUUGGUUGCCCGGUAAAGAACGGACAGUCUCGGUCAACAUGUCGGAGUCCACCGGAGAGGCAAAGCAGGCGAGCAAAGAGGUGAAAGAAAGCGAAAAUGUCGCAGAGAAAUAUUCCGCCUUGACGGUGAGCAAGAACACUGAAAUGAACAUGGAAGAGCUGUCGUCCGCCUUCAGCGCGGUGCCCACUCACAAGCCCGUUAAAAAGCAAAUCCAGUUUGUUGAGGACAAGCAGGAGUUCAGCAGGUUUCCCACCAAAGCAGGCCGCCGUUCGCUGUCCCGCUCCAUCUCUCAGUCGUCUACAGACAGCUACAGCUCCGCCGCAUCCUACACCGACAGCUCAGACGAUGAGACCUCCCCGCGGGACAAAACACAGGUCAACUCCAAGGGCAGCGGGGACUUCUGUGUCAAGAACAUUAAGCAAGCAGAGUUUGGCAGACGUGAAAUAGAGAUAGCGGAACAAGACAUGUCAGCACUGCUCGCUCUCAGGAAGAGAGCACAGAGUGAGAAACCGUUGGCAGGUGCCAAAAUAGUGGGCUGCACACACAUCACUGCACAGACUGCUGUGCUGAUUGAGACUCUGGUGGCUCUCGGUGCACAGUGCCGCUGGACUGCCUGCAACAUCUACUCCACGCAGAAUGAAGUAGCUGCUGCCCUGUCAGAGAUCGGUGUGGCUGUGUUUGCCUGGAAGGGCGAAUCUGAGGACGACUUCUGGUGGUGUAUUGACCGCUGUGUCAACAAUGAAGGAUGGCAGCCUAACAUGAUUCUGGAUGAUGGAGGUGACCUGACGCACUGGAUGUACAAGAAAUACCCAAAUGUAUUCAAGAAGAUCCGAGGCAUCGUAGAAGAGAGCGUCACUGGGGUUCACAGGUUGUACCAGCUCUCCAAGGCAGGGAAACUGUGUGUGCCAGCCAUGAAUGUAAACGAUUCUGUCACAAAGCAAAAGUUUGAUAACCUUUACUGCUGCAGAGAGUCCAUCUUGGACGGCUUGAAGAGAACCACAGAUGUCAUGUUUGGAGGCAAACAAGUAGUUGUGUGCGGCUAUGGUGAGGUUGGGAAAGGUUGUUGUGCCGCAUUGAAAGCUCUUGGAGCCAUCGUCUACAUUACUGAGAUUGACCCCAUUUGUGCUCUACAAGCUUGCAUGGAUGGCUUCAGGGUGGUCAAGUUGAACGAGGUCAUUCGCCAGGUUGACAUCAUCAUCACGUGCACUGGAAACAAAAAUGUGGUGACCAGAGACCAGCUGGACCGCAUGAAAAACGGCUCCAUUGUUUGCAACAUGGGCCACUCCAACACGGAGAUUGAUGUGGCAAGCCUUCGCACGCCCGAGCUGACUUGGGAGAGAGUGCGCUCUCAAGUGGAUCAUGUCAUUUGGCCUGAUGGCAAGAGAGUCAUCCUGCUGGCAGAGGGACGUCUCCUUAACCUCAGCUGUUCCACUGUUCCUACCUUUGUCUUGUCCAUCACAGCCACCACUCAGGCCCUGGCUAUGAUUGAGUUGUACAACGCUCCAGAGGGACGAUACAAGCAGGAUGUUUACCUGCUGCCCAAGAAGAUGGAUGAAUACGUGGCCAGCCUACAUCUGGCAACCUUUGAUGCUCACCUGACGGAGCUCUCAGAUGAGCAGGCGAAAUAUUUGGGCCUUAAUAAGAACGGUCCUUUUAAACCCAACUACUACAGGUAUUAGUCUGCAAUAAGCCACCCCAACGUGUUGAGGGUCGCCAGGCGCAUUGCCUACUUCCUGUUGUUCACCUGAAGACGCAGUGUGUGUUCUUAUUUGUCACAUCAAAUGCAUUUCUCACCGUCUCUUCUCCUUGUUGGAGCCACAUUAGUGCACUAUGCUGUAUAGUGCAUGCAUGUCAACCCGAUAUUGGCGCAUCUGCAUCAAUAAUAUUUAACAUUUUUAGAAUGAUGUGCCAAAUAACUAUAAGAAAAGAUGAAUAAGGAAGUGAUUUUAAAAAAUUGUAUAUUUUAUGUGUGGAAAAAAGACUAGUACUACCUCUCUGGGUUGGGAAGCCAACUCUCGAGAAGUGACUGAUGCCUUUUGAUUUGUUGUUGAGCUCUCAAGCGAUUGGUUUAUUAAGACAUUUUAAAGCAAUGCACUGGCAUUUUGAAGUAAUUUAUUACAUGAUUUAAAUCUAUAUAUUUUAUUUGCUGGCCCUGUAAACUGAAUACAUUCCAAUGACAAGCUAUAGAGAGCUCUUUAGUGUUCCACUUGUCUGUGCUAACACUGCAUAUAGGUGUAGCGCUACAGUAAUAUUAGGAAAAUAAUGACUUUGUUUCUGGAAAAAUAGGGAUAAUAAUAACGUAUCCACCUCAGGUUAUUUACUGAUGUAAUUCUCGUGAUGUGAACAAAAAAAAGAUAAAACAGUAAGGCCUUACUGUGGCAGCUGGACAGUAGAUUUCUAUUUAGUGUAUAGCAGGUGCUGUAGUCACAUACCUGCAUGCUGCCUCUGCAAAUACAGUGUUUGUACUGUAUACACCACCACUAAGAAGUUUAACUUGGAGUGGCAUUUCUGUCAAUGGUAGUUGUGUUAGCAACACACCUGACUUAUGCAGGCUUUUUAUUAAUACAAAUGAUAUGAAUUAUGCUACAUUUACUUGUGUUUUCAAUGAAGGACCACUUUGAAUGAUUCACUUACAGCAGAGGUGUCAAAAGAGUGUAACGGCGGCAAUUUUCAGGUCAUAGCUCCUUUUUUUUAGUGACCUUGGACAUAAUGUCAGAAAUACUGUUGAGUAUUUAAAAUAAUGUGCUCUCUCACCUGUAACACAAAGCUAAGAUGGGAAUGUUUUAUUCAGAUUGGUAACAGUGUUUCCCAGACUUUCAUUACUUGUUCUCCUCUCCUAAACACAUUAUAAUGGGACUGUCUAUAAAUACAGCUUGGCAUUAUAAUUCUGUACAGCAGGUGGUGGUAUGCAUCGUCACUGAGCUUCUUAGCAUAAGUCAUACACACCUGGUCUGCCAGAGAAUGAGCAAAUAUAUAGCAGGAGGGAUCAGUGUUGCCAACUGAACAACUUUGACACUAUGUUUAGUGAGUAUUCAUCAGACCCCCUUUUUAAUUGUAAUUUGUGUUUCUAAGCAUACUUGUUUUGCUUUUCAUGUUUUUUGCUCACUCUCCUACAGCAUCCGUAUUUAUGCAAAUUAGAUGAUGUUGUCUUCGGACCUUUUGCAGCCCACACGUGUGUUUCUAUUAGGCUGUGGCACAUUCAAAACAUAAAAUGAACACCAAAGCAAUUAGAAUAAUGAUAUUUAACGGUGUAGCACUUCUUCUUCAUCCUUUACCCUUUGCCCUUCACCCUUUGAUAAUAAAGUUUAGACGUCCCUGAUUGAAGUGAUGAUACUAGCCUGCUUCGUUUAAAUAAAAACUCAUGUCAUUACUAGCCCGCCUUAGAAGUGUGGCGUAUUCCUGCACCUUCCUUGCAACUUCAUGAACACUAGAGCCAAAGGUAUUGUUACAACAUUAAGGCGCCAUUGUCACUGUAACCAUGGUUACUGGCCAGUCUACAGUGCCUUGUGAUUCACUUAGUACAAUUUAAAUGAAGAAGUGUUUUUUUUAUUUAUAUUUUUGACGCUGAACAUGGUUGUGAUUUUGCUAUGCAUUUUUCUUCUGUCCAAAGUUUUUUAACCAAGUUUGGAGAUCGGUAUUUUAGUGUCUUAAGUCUACUUUUACUAUCAAGUCCACUUCAUUAUUAAGAGCACUUAAUACCUUUUCUCUAAUCUAUUAAUUUUGUGUCGACUGACAACUCUUUUAAUCAUGUAUUUUAAUUGAUAGGACAUAUGCAUGUGUGUUUUGUCAAAUUGGAUAAAAUAUGCACACCACUGUGAUUUUUGUAAUUGGUUUGAAGUUUUUGAUGUGAAAACAAACUCCUGUAUACGCUUUGAACACAGUUUAGUUCUAAAACAAAAUCGCAACACGAUAUGCUCUGAAAGAUUAUGUGCACCCUUUCCUUUAAUAAAAAAGGCUGGCAACUUAACAAA